AUGUUGCAUCUAAACUCCCCAUCCCGCUCAUCCCCUUUCAUCCCGCUCAUCCCCGUUACAGGCUGGCUCUCUCUGCACUGGAAGGCCACCAAGGGCAAACACAUCCACUUCGCCAUCCAAGCGCGCCCGGGAUCCGCGGCGCACAAGGCGGGCUGGUUCGCCGUCGGCUGGUCGCCCAACGGCGACAUGGGCGGCAGCAACGUCGUCGCGUACGAGACGGGCACAGGCACCGCGUCGCCGUACGAUCUCCAGGGGGAAUCCGCCGCCGUCGCCGCCACGUCGUGGGCGCCGGGCUCGCUGGAUGUCACCACCGGCAAGAAGGGCGGAACUAUCGUGCAAUUCGCCGCCUCCCCUGCCACGUCACGGGCGCCCGGCUCGCUGGAUGUCACCACUGGCAAGAAGGGCGGGACUAUCGUCAAGUUCACUCGCUCGGCCAGUGACGGAUCAUCCGUGAAGGUGCGGAACAGCGGGGGUGCCCACGUCGUGUUCGCGUACGGCCCCGACUCUAAUGUCGCCAUGCACGCUGAUGCGGAGCACACGGUGCUUGACUUCUCAUGUGGCUGCGGGUUUCUCAGGAACGGCUGCUGA